UUUCAGUUCGCAUAAUAUGUCGAAUCAUCACUCGAGCUGUUCUUCGAGAACUGGCGGUGCCCACCGUCGUUGUGAUUGUACUGAGGAUCUGACGGAAAACGAUAAGCUGUGGAAUGACUUUGAAGGAUGUGCUCAAGCUGUGGCUCGUCUCUAUUCGGACUCCUCUUGGAGAAAUUUCAGAGGCGCUGCAGAGGGAACCACGCAGUUGUACAAAACAUCUACUGACAGUUAUCGUCGAGGAUUUGAGAAGGGAUUUUCAUCGGGUUGUACGAGUAUUGCCAAGGAAAUAUUACAAGCAUUUCGAGAUCCAUCCAAAAUUGAUAUGAACAUAGUUCUCGAAGUAUUAUACAGAAAUAUGGCAAUUCCGCGAGAGGAACGACUUACCGUCAAUACUCAAAACGGAAUCUCAUCCGACACCUUAGCGGCGGUUGAACUUUUUCAGCAGGCACUGAACCAGCCGCAAGUCCCACCGCUGAGCACAUUGAGCCUAUUGCCACCGACAACUAGAGAACAGACGACAGACACUUUGGACGAGUUUCUCGCUAGUCAGGUUCAACGCCACCGAAAACGUCAGCGAUCACCAAAUAACUCAACGACAUCUCCAACGUCACAAAUGAAACGUCAACGACGUCUUUAAAUCUCUCAAAAAUCCUCAUAAUUCUCACUUUCCAAUCUCUUUUAUUAGAAUUUCCCUUCUUUUCUAGUAGAAGAAAACUGAAAAACGUUGCCUUUGACACCGGUCUUAAAAACUCAAAAAUGACUGAAAAUCCCUUUUAAUCACUGCUAUUAUUACUUGUUUUUGGAAAUUUCGAAAGCAUCGGGUCUUUUGAAUCUCAUGGUACUAAUGCAUAAGUAGAAAUCUAUUAUCUAACCUGAAAAUGCUUUCGUUUUCAAAAAUAAGGAAAUAAAUUUUGACCCCAAAUUCAAUUUUACUCAGAUUUUUUUACUUCUGUACUGGUUUUCUCUUCUCUCUCGCUUCCCCUCUCCUCCAAAAUACUCUUUAAUUCUCGAAUUUCCAGUUGAUUUUCAAACUUUUGAAUACUUUACUCGGAGUGAUCUUCUCUUUUUCGCGAAAUUUUAAAUUGUUUCUUAUUACAAGUUCUAGCAAGUUUCAGGGUUUCAUUCUCUGUGUAGAUUUCAACCGUCGAUCAUUUUGUAAAUAAACCGCCAUUUCCGAUUUUUCCUGUCUUCAUUAAUGCAAUAUUAUUCUCUUUUCUAGUGUUGUUUCUCAUUAAUCCUCCCAAUUGUAAUGAAGCUAUGAAAUUUCUGA